AUGGCUCUUCGAUCCUACUCCCCCAGCGUGGAGAACUACCGGAGUGUUUUAAUUACAUGUGCUUGCCUUACCACGUGGACUGUGUUUCGGUGCUCCGCCAUCUUGCCGACCUGUGUGGAACUGAUACGACAGCUACUCCAUACACCCCACUCGAUGAAGUACAUGCUAGGAGUAUGUUCUCAAUACACACAGAACCCAACCCCAAAUCCCAUCAGUUUGGGGAGUACACAGGCAACGGAUAAGGUGGAGGAAACCCAAACACCUUUUGGAUAUGAUUGUUCAAACAUAUGGAUAAGAAACCCAAAGUCUACCACUGGGAUUUACACAAUAAAACCUACCGGAGCCAAUUCAACUAUCCAGGUGUUCUGUGAAAUGAAUGAUGAUGGCGGUUGGACCCUUAUCCAGAAACAUGAUGGACAGGAUAAUCUACCAUUUGAUAGAUCCUGGUAUGACUACAAACAGGGAUUCGGAAACAUAUCAGGUGAACACUGGCUUGGACUGGAUAAUAUAUAUCUGCUGACCAAUCAGGAGAAGAGGAUCUCAGAACUACGUGUCAGCCUUGGUGACUUUGCUGGAUCUGAAGCCUUUGCGGGCUAUAGCACUUUUAACAUAGAUCCUGAAAGCAAGUUCUAUAAGCUGUCACUCGGUAACUAUUCUGGGAAUGCAGGUGAUGCUUUCAGGGGACAAUGCUCGGCCACAAAUCAGGAUGGAAGCCUUUUUAGCACAAAGGAUAAAGACAAUGACAAUUGUGAUGCUUGUAGGGUGGGUGAUAUGGCUUUCAGGAGCUGUAGUAAUGAUCAAUUCAAGUCUGGCUGGUGGUUUAACAGCUGUGGGAUUGCAGAUCUGAAUGGCCAAUGGCGUACAAAUGGAGAACACAUUGGCUGGGCUUCUGCUGUGUCCUGGAAAACAUGGAGAACCCUGGAGUCUCUGAAGUUCAGUAAGAUGUCUGUAAGACACAACUAGUAUAUGUGUGAGAAAUCAAAGCUAUUCAUUACUGUAUGUUCCUGUGAUGUAAUAAAGUGGACUUUAACUGAUCAGGCCAAUGUGCAGCCUCCCAGACCUCCCAGUUUGACACUGAGUGAAAAUUACUGAAAUGAUUAAUGUACCUUUAUGUG